GCGAGAGCGAAUCGGUGCCUGAUUUUCAAGUUAACAACUAAGUGCAAAUACUCGCAUCUCGUUAUCACCUGGUGAUAAAAUUCGUCGGCUGUAUAUCGCUCGAGCAGCUGUCAUUGUCACCAUAGAAAUGAGCGCGGACGCGGUGGUACUGGAUGGAGUUCCUCAAAAAAUUGUCAUCGUCAAAAAGACUUUAGGUUCGGAAAAUUCGCUCACAUCAGACGAUACGAAAAUCAUUGUUUUGGGAGUUGCGUUCAGUGUUGUCGGUGGAAUAAUUUUUUUUAUAGUUCUUUUAUGUUUAUGCAAAAGACGCAGAAGAAGAAACAGACUACGAAAGAAUGAUCAAGAAAUUUCUUCAAGUUCCACCUCCACAACUAAUACAUCACCUCCAGUAUUCACUAUACGUCAAGAAGUGCAACUGAGAACUACAGAAGACGUGACGCGAAGAUACGAAAGAAGUAUUUCAUCGUUGUCCACGAAAAGUCAAGUUUAUUUGGUACCUUUUGCGGUACUACCACCUGACUUUGAUUUUUCUUCAAGAGAAGUCGAAGUCAAGGCAGACUAUGUGAUAUUAAAAGACUUAAGAUUCUUAGAAAAAUACAAAUCAUCUGAUAACAGUAGAGGCGUGGUCAAUGAAGCCUAUGAACAACAGGAAUCUUAUAAUCCUUACAUUUAUGGUACUAUUCCUCCAUUAGUGGAAGCCUAUAAGAAACAAGAACCUUAUAAUCCUACUUUUUAUUGAAAGCCCUCUAAAACAAGACUUGGAUGAUUCUACUGAAGUAAAUUCGACAGUGUUUUAAUACAACUAGGAGAGGCUGAUAUCGUACAGGGUGUAUCAAACUGAAUACUUGAAUGUACUUUGAAACUAUACAUAUAAACAGUAAGUGAUCAUCAAAUUUGGGACACCCGGUAUAAUAUUUUCGCGAAAAAAGUUGCCUAAAAUACUCUUUUUAUGAAAAAAAAUAUAUAUAUAUUUUUUUUACCUAUGUAUUGAUUAGCUUUGUUUGGAAAAGAAUCAAUGGGGCCAGUAAUAUUACAAACGUAGUUAGACUACCAAUAAUCUGUUACAAGUAAUUUUAGUUGUGGGUAUGUGAUUUUUGUAUCUUUAGCAACUUUAUUUGUUCCUUAUAGUUUUUUUAUGUAUAUAAAUUAUAUUUUAACAAUAAUUUUUUUUUUCAUUAUUUAAAAGGUGUUGAAACAUAUAGACAUUGGAAAUUAUAGUGAAUUUCCAAGGACGUA